CCGAGCGCUUCACACAUCCAACGGAAAUAGCCAUAGCACAGUAAUGGAUUAUAAGGGCACCGCUCCGCCAGAAUACGGCCAAUUUGAUAUGCCAGAGGUUCCCCAUCAGGUGGUUGUCCAGCCAGCGGCUGCUGUGACAAUGCAGGCCCCCAAUGUGCUGGGCGAUAUUCCGGCUAUGGCCACAUGCCAGAGCUGUGGCUCCCGGAGGGAGACGGCCGUCACCUUUGAGCCCAACACUAAAACACAUCUUCUGGCUCUCGGCAUUUGCCUGUUGGGGGGCAUAUGCUGCGUCUGCAUUCCCUACUGCACCAAUUCCUGCCAGACGGCCAAGCACAAUUGCAGCAGCUGUGGUGCCUACCUGGGGUCCUACAGCAACUAGAUUCGAGAGGAUUUUUUGUAUUUUUUCCCGUAAUUAUCUCACAAUCAAAAUUAUAUAUACACAUACUAUAUAUUGUGAAAUUGAUUAUGAAUAAAAGCACUCGCUAGCA